AUGUCAGAAAAUGUUUCCAAGAUUCUGACUCGUAUCACUGCCUAUGAUGGAUCUGCAGCUGACCCGUACGACCAUGAGAUCUCUCUAAUCGACAGCACCCGGCCUGUGAACGAACCCCAAUCCCACGAUGAGCCUCGUUCAAGCUCUCCAAGCUCGAGCGCAAGAGAGCUGGCAACCAAGGGAACAAGAGAGUCUUUGAAGGAGCACCUUGGCCGUCGGAAGUAUGCCAAGUACCAGCAGGACCGAUACCCUUCCAAGACGAGCAGCGUUGUUGCUGUCGACGAACACUCAUCACGGCCGGCAACGGCUCAACAGACGCCAGAUGCCGGGACACAGGCUGGUACACAGGAGGUGGACUUUGCACACGCGGCAUCUGCGACAAGAGGACGGAAGAGAGCACAGAGGAGAAAGCGGGAGUCCAGAAAGCUUAAACACGAAGUCCAUGAGAUUGACAUCCUCUACGAAAACCAGCGUGGAUGGUUCUUCUGUGGCAUUCCAUUUUAUUCACACUCGUCUCUGUUACCGCCCGACCCCAGUCCUUGGUCAACCAAAGAUCUGAAGGAUUCAGCUGUCAAUAUCACCAAUGCUCAGGUGCCUGAUCCGACCUGGGAAUGGGCAUGGAACAACUGGUACGUCGACAUGAGCCACGACGUAGACGAGGAAGGAUGGCAGUAUUCUUUUGCCUUUGGACGCAACUGGACCUGGCAUGGGACACAUCCUUGGUUUCACUCAUUCGUCCGGCGGAGACGAUGGCUACGGAAGAGAGUCAAGCGGGAUGUGCAUGACAAUUAUGGUAGGCCAGGAAGCGUGGACGAUGCCCACCAUCUAAACGGCGACUAUUUCACCAUUCAUUCCAAACGAGAUCGUAGUCCGAUCAGUGCAGUAGAUGGCCCCGGUAAAACCGCGAGACCAUCAAGCUUCGUGAGCUAUCCAAGCACAAUCGAUCACGACGAACCGCCCGAGGAGAUCAAAGACAUUGCGACCCUCCUUACGGCACUAAAGUUUGCGCCCAUCGAUCGAGAGAAAAUUGAUGUGGUCAAGAGGUUUGUUCGACAAGGCGGAGAGGAGCUAGUCUACCUCAAAGACCACAUACCGGAUAUCAUGUCCUUCCUCGUUUUCCAGAAUUCCAGGAGGCAGCUCCUUUUAUAUCUUAAAAAGACGGCAAUUGAAGCGCGCGAACACCGGAAGUCCCACGAAGAACAGAACAAGCCGGAGGGGGACGCUGAAAGCCGGAGAAUCAACAAUCUGCUUGCUGCUGUGGAGGCUGCCGACGCUGAAAUUGGAGCACUCGAAUAUUGGAGCGACAGGAAGCAUGUAUUGAAGACCAACGAUGCUGAAAGUCUGGCGACCCGGCCAAUAGCCACCAUCUUCGAUCAGCCGGCUCUCAAACCAGCAGCAGAUGACAACCUUGUGGAAGAGAUCAAAGGAAUACCUGAGAAGGCUGACAUUGAGGGGGGAAACACGCAGACCAUAUUCAACCCUGAAAAGCAGUCGUCCAUUGAGAGCACGCAGGAGCAAGAGAGGACGAGAGAAAAGGAAGAUAAGGGCAAAGGUCGUGCGUAUGACAGCGAGGACGAUCAAGUGGAGCAAGACUCGUCUCCACGAUUGGGAACCGAUGAGGUUUAUGUUCCAGACCAAGACUAG